AUGCCUUUAAACGGAAUUCUAGAAAUAGAGUUAUUUGAUGUUUGGGGUAUAGAUUUUAUGGGACCUUUCCCUCUGUCCAAUAAUUGUGCCUACAUCUUGGUUGCUGUGGACUAUGUGUCCAAAUGGGUAGAAGCCAUGGCUUGCCAUUCCAAUGAUGCUAAAACUGUUGUGAAAUUCUUACAAAAGCACAUCUUCACUAGAUUUGGCACACCUCGUGCCUUAAUCAGUGAUGAAGGCGCUCACUUCAUAAACAACAUGUUAGAAGAAGUUGAAUAUGACAUCAAGCAUAGGGUAGCAACUGCCUACCAUCCUCAGACCAACGAAUUAGCUGAGUUGUCAAAUAGGGGGAUAAAGGGGAUUUUGGCCAAAGUAGUCAAGCCACAUAGAAAAGAUUGGGCUUCUAAGUUAGAUGAUGCAUUAUGGGCCUAUCGGACUGCUUACAAAACCCCUAUUGGUAUGUCUCCCUAUAAAUUGGUCUUUGGAAAAGCUUGUCAUUUACCAGUGGAAUUAGAGCAUAAGGCCUAUUGGGCCAUUAAGGAACUAAACAUGAGUUUAGAUGAGGCYGGAAGAAAAAGGACUUUGCAGCUUUGUGAACUGGAAGAACAUAGGAAUUUUUCCUAUGAAAAUGCUAAGCUUUACAAAGAAAAUACCAAAAAAUGGCAUGAUAAAAAGAUUCUUCCAAAAGAGUUCAUAGAAGGCCAUAAAGUCCUGUUGUUCAAUUCAAGGUUGAAAUUAUUUCCGGGAAAGCUGAAUUCCCGAUGGACCGGACCUUUUGUUAUUGCCAAGGUAUACCCCUACGGAGUCAUUGACCUGAUAGAUCCGGAGAGGGGUACCACUUUCAAAGUAAAUGGACAACGAGUAAAACCCUUCUUUGAUUUCAUGAUUGUUACGCAACCUGUCGAGGUUAUCUUUUUAAAGUAA